AUGGCCCUGCCGAAGCGCAUUAUCAAAGAGACCGAGCGGUUGAUGGCUGAGCCGGUCCCCGGUAUUAACGCCGUCCCCCAUGAAGACAACCUACGAUACUUCGAUGUCUCCAUUCACGGUCCAUCCCAGUCUCCCUACGAGGGUGGCAUCUUUCGUCUCGAGUUGUUCCUCCCCGAUGACUACCCCAUGACCCCGCCAAAGAUCCGCUUCUUGACCAAGAUCUAUCAUCCCAACAUCGACCGUCUCGGCCGUAUCUGCUUGGAUGUUCUGAAGAACAACUGGUCUCCUGCUCUCCAGAUCCGCACCAUCCUUCUCUCCAUCCAAGCCCUUCUCGGCGCACCGAACCCCGAUGACCCCCUCGCCAACGAUGUAGCCCAGCGUUGGAAGGAUGAUGAGCCAGCUGCCAUCCAGACCGCGAAGGAGUGGACCCGCACCCACGCUAUGACUUGA